UAUAUUAAUACGUAACUUUUAUAUAAAAUACCUGCAGGACCAUCACUACUUCAACACCAACAAACAAUAUGCCUUCAACAAAUAAUAAUGCUGAUACCAUCUCUAGGAGGAGUUGUUCCUCAUGGCCAUCCUUCUUCAAUUUUUCUUUAUCACUGUUAGUACCUCUAGUCGCCGCCUCUGUUAUCUUUUUCCAACUCGACCCGUUUGACCCUGCUCCUAUGCCCAUUCAUGAGUUGACUCGUCCUCCGGCUAAUGUGUUGACGAAGAAUGCUCACAUCCUCAAAGGAUCGGAGUUCUUGGGCAAGGGGGAAUUGCUAGGACCAGAAGAUAUUGCAUUUGACAGCAAGUCAGGGCUCAUUUAUACAAGUUGUGCAGGCGGGUGGAUAAAGCGAGUUACAGUCAACGACUCGGUGACUGACUCGGUCGUCGAGAAUUGGGUUAACACAGGUGGUAGACCCCUCGGACUCGCCCUGGGACACGGAAAUGAAGUUCUGGCAGCCGAUGCUUUUGAGGGGUUAUUGAAGAUAAAUGGCGAUGGUGGAAUUGAGCUGCUUACGAAUGAGGCAGAGGGUAUAAAAUUCAAGCUCACAGAUGGUGUAGAUAUAGCAGAAGAUGGAACAAUCUACUUUACGGAUGCAUCGUACAAGUAUGACCUUCAUGAUUUCAUGUGGGAUAUUUUGGAGGGCAAGCCUUACGGUCGGUUGAUGAGCUUUGAUCCGGCAACCAAAGAGACCAAAGUCUUGGUUCGUGAUCUCCACUUUGCCAAUGGAGUUGCAGUCUCGCCGAAUCAAGAAUUCGUAGUCUUCUGUGAAACCCCCAUGAGAAGGUGCAGAAAGUAUUACAUUCAAGGCAAUAAAAAAGGGCAGAUAGAAAAUUUUAUUAGCCUUCCUGGAGCACCUGAUAACAUUCAUUCUGAUGGACAUGGCCACUUUUGGAUUGCAUUAUCAUCAGGAAAUUCAGCAUUCGUGGACUUGGUAUAUAGAUAUCCUUUCAUCAGGAAGUUCAUGGCAAUCUCGAUCAGGUUUAAAGGGCCAGUGUAUUCGGGAAACAAUGCUGGUCUUUACGUUGUGGAUUUGGAGGGAAAUCCAAUUGCACAUUACUAUGAUCAUAAUUUAAGAAUGACUUCAUCUGGUGUUAGGAUUGGAGAUCACAUAUAUUGUGGUUCCAUUGAAGCUCCCUAUAUUCUCCGUCUUAAUCCGACAAGCAUUUGAUUUCUAAGAAGCAAUUGACAAUUGAUUGCAGUAAUCUGCAAAUAUUAUAUAACAAUGAAAUAUUUAUUUUACGCUAAAAAUACAAAAAAUUUCAAGUAUGUGAAAAAAAAUUGUCAAAUUUUAUUGAAAAGAAAUGCAUUAGAAUCUCUAUUAUGAAGCUUGAUCCU